AUGGAGGGAUCCGAGUGUCCGCCUGUGACCGUGGAGGGGGACUGGACUCCGGCUCAGACCAAAGCCCUGAAGAACAAACUGCACAUUUACUUCCAGAGCAAGAAGAAGUCGAGCGGAGGAGACUGCCGGGUGGAGGCGGAGGAAGGAGCCCCGAGGGCGGCCGUUUACUUCAGCUCACCGGAGGUGAGAGAGCGAGUCCUCGCGAGGAAGAAUCAUGAGAUCAUCCUGGACAGUAAAACCAUCCAGUUGCGGCUGAGCUCAGCAGCAGUAAGUCCAGUUUCGAUGUUUCAUGUGGAUGUUUUUCCUCACUCAGAGCUUCCUGUUUGCUGCUCACUGUCACUGCUCUGGGUUCAGCUCUUUGGACCAAGCACCUUUAGGUUUUUAUGA